AUGAAUAAUGAGGAAAAAUUCUAUACUACGUCUAAGGAUAAUAAAACAUUAUCAUUAGAUAUUGACAAGGCUCUUAAUGAAGGAAAGAUUAAAAAAUAUGAGUAUGGAGAUAAAAAUGAGAAAGAUUUAUUUGAGGUUUACUUAAACGGAACAUUUGAAGAUUACGAAGCAAUUAAAAAGUCAAAUGGAGACAAGACAAUACUGUUAAUGGGUGCAAGAAGCAUGCAGAAGGAUUCUUUGGUAAACUUUUUUAUUAAUCGCUUAUAUGAUAUCAGAAUAAACUCUUCUAAACAAUAUGAAAUACCAUUAAGAAACUCGUCAACUAGUAGAUUAAUGAUAAAAGAAAAUAAAAUAGUUUCUUAUGUGUAUAUUUCAAAUGAUAAAAAAACAGCAACCAGAAUUAUUGACAUGCCAAAUUAUCUACCAAAAACAACAGGCUUUCCAAUAGGCUAUGAUCCUAACUAUAAUGCUAUGAACAAUACUCAAAAUUUUCUUAUAAGUGAGCAUGUGAAUAAAGUUCAUCUCAUUUGCUUUGUAGCAUCAUGCCUAUACUUAAAAGAAAAAGAACUGAAUCCUAAAAUAAGUGAAAUGGUUUAUAACUUCGAUGAUGACAUAAAAAACAAUAUGUUCAUGAUAUUUAUGUCUACUAGCAGUAUUGGACCAAAAGAAUCAGAAGAGUUAUCGGAUAAAUAUAAAAAAUACAUGCCAUUCAUUAAUAGUACUGAAAAAGUGCAUAAAAUUAGCAGUUCAAUUUUAAAUAGGCAGUCAGAUAGAAGUAAUGAGAAACAAGUAGUAGAGGCAGAAUCUCUUACUAGUAAUUUUAUAAACAAGCUGAAUAGUAUAGAACCUAUAUCGCUUUCCAAAACAAAAAUGCAUGCUGAAAAAAUAAAAGAAUAUACAAAAGAUUAUAGAGAUAAAUCAGGGGAAUUUAAUUACCAAAUUGAAAUUUGCUUGAAUAAAAAAUUAUAUCAUAACAAAAAUAUUAAAGAAGAUAUCGAAAGGAUCAGAAUGAAAGAGGGGAAAGAAUUAGACGAAGUAGUUAAAAGAAAGCCAGAUAACUGCCCUUUGCUUGUAGAAAAUACAAAUGAUUAUUUAAAAAGAUUAUUAAUUGCAUGCAAAGACAAGCCUCGUGAAUUAAGAAUUUUAGAAGAUGAUAUUAUUCCGGUUUUUGAGGAUAAAAAUAAUCAAUUACAAGAUAUACCGAUCAAUCCACAUGAAUUUUUAAAUCCAAUUGUAUCUUUUGAUAAUCAACAAAUUCUGAAAUUUUUACAAAGUCUUUAUCAAUCAAUUUGGAAAUUAUAUGAAAAAGAAAGAAAUGAGAGAAUACAAGACGUAAACAAUCUAAUUAAUAAUUUAUCUAUACUUUUUGAAAACCAAUCGAAAGUUGUUGACCAAGCUAAUGCAAUUAGAACACUAUCUACUGAAAAUGAAAAACAAAUAAAUGAAAAUGAAAAACAAAUAAAUGAAAUUAAAAAACAAAUAUUAUCAGAAAUACAGAACGCAGAUGCCAAUAAAUCACAAGUCUUGCUGGUGGAUUUAGUUGGGUAUUUAGUGUGUGUAAUAAUGCUAUUUAUUGGAGUUGGAUAUGUAGUAGGAGUAGAUGUGAGUAAGAUUUAUAGAUUAAAGUUGUGUGUGUUUAAUUUCAU